GCAUGGGGUGAUAGGAGAUUGGGAAUCUUUUGUUUUGUUUGAGAGAGAUAGUCUCGUGUAGCCUAGGUUGGUUGUAAGUUCACUAUGUAGUGAAAAAUGACCUUGAACUUCUGGUCCUCCUGCCCGCUUCCCCCACGUGUUGGGAUGACAGGUGUGCCCCACCACGCUUGGUUUAUACUGUACUAGGGGAUGGAACCUAGGACCUUGUGCGUGCCGGGCAAGCACUCGACCACUGAGCUACAUUUUAGCUCCUGUUUUGUUCUAUUUCUUUGUUUGAACUGAGAUAGGGUCUCACACUGGAGUCCAGCUGGCCCAGAACUCCUUAUGGGGCCCAGGACUGCCUUGAACUUUCAAUCUCUUGCCUCGGCCUCCUUGGCGCUAGGAUUACAGGUUUGAAUCACCACACGACUAGUGCUGGGGAUCUUGAGGUCACCAGGCAGGGGGCUUGGGGAGGGAAGUGGAGGAGCCUCCCCUGAACCAAGGGUGUGAGCCAGUCCUACCUUGAUGUCCUUGGCAGCUGCCCCCUUGGCAUGGGGGUGAAGAGGAGCCUUCAGACAGGAGGCAAUUUGCUUAAUCUCUUGACCAGCAUCCUCACAGUACUGUCCACUGCUACCAACUACUGGAUACGACAGCAGGGGGGCCACAGUGGUUUGUGGCAGGAAUGUACCCAUGGCAUCUGCUCCAACAUUCCCUGCCAGAACACCCUGGCGGUGACUGCAGCAUGCAUGGUGUUGGCAGCGACCUUCAGUAUCGUAUCUUUGGGGAUGGGGAUGAGGAUUUGGUGUCAUGAGGGCGAGUCACUGCGUAGCCAGAAUGCCAUUGUCUUACUUUUUCUCAGCGGGCUGCUGCUGAUGAUUGCACUGAUUGGAUACACUGCAAAGAAUGCCUGGAAGCCAGAAGUCUUCUUCUCCUGGUCCUACUUUUUCGGAUGGCUGGCUUUACCCUUCUCGUUUCUUGCGGGCUUCUGCUUUCUGCUGGCGGACAUGAUCAUGCAGAGCACCGAAGCCAUCAGCGGGUUCCCAGUGUGCCUGUGAAUACGGCCUGACUGGGGCAGAAUAAAGGAAUGGCUUUUAGCGCCGGUCCUGCGUGCUUUUCUGCGGAACUAGUUAGGCUUGAAGACUGCGGGAAAACGAUUACCGGGGCUUGUAGAGAGUGAAGGAGGUCAGGAGGAAUGUGGGCCGGUGGAAGCGGAGACAUGGAACCUGGAGCAUGGAGUGGACUCGGGGUGAAGAGGUGGGGUCGCAGGAGAUUUGGACGCAGGGAGAGGGUAUGGGGAUUAGCCGACAAGGGCGAGUCGUAGGGGACGUGGGGACAAGGGACGAGAGGACACGGGGGAGUCACAGGAAAGGAAAGUGUAGACGCAUAGAUGUGGAGGAAAUCUAAAGGGAGAACGCGGAGGCGAGCAAGCGAGGGGGGGAAAGGCACAGGGUGCGCGUGGGAACACAGACACGGCGACCUGAAACGGUGAAGAAAGACGGACGUGAACUGCAGAGCUGGAGACUACAGAAGUACGAGGGGGAGGGGAGAGAACAAGCAAGCUCCCAG